UUCAGACUAAUUUCCUAAAUUCUGCUGAGUCCCGGAAUAGAAAAAAUUAUUAAAGAGCUGUUUUCACUCCCCAGACAUCUCCAAACAGCUCAUCUCUCUCUAGAGAAACUUCUAGAAAAAAAAAUGAGCUUCUAUUGUUUUUGUGGGUUUUUUUCUUUUUUCUUUUUUGCUAGCAUAUCUCCUGCAGACAACAAGCCUUAUUUUUAAUUUACGUAUCAAUUCAGUCAUUUAUUUCAGGUUUCCUUUCCAUUAUCCUAUGAAUCAGUAUUCUCUGACCCCCAACCCUAUAAUUUUUAGGAAACAACAAGCAUAAAUUUUCUUUUAAAGUUGAAAAAAAAAUCAUAGAUCUGGGUGAUUCUGUUUAGCACAGAAAGGCUAGCUGGGUGGGACUCUGUCCUGAAAUUACCAUUUCUACCACACCUGGGCCUGUACUUUCUGUGUUCUAGGCUGACCUUGAGCUCAGGAAUCUGCCUGCAUUUGUAUCUCCCCGCCUUUGUAUGUUUCUGACAAGCUGGCUCAUAGUGUAGCCACCUUUGUUCAUUUAGAUUCACGAAGCCCCUCAUAAUUCAUAUUGCAUCUUCUAUUUUUGCAUAGUUAAGAAAUUAUAUAUAUUUAAACACAUGGUCUUAGAGUUCUUUUCGACAGCCUUAAAGGCUGUCCUGAAGGUCCUGAUGGUUACCAUUUUGUUGCGAUAUAGCUACACCCUAGACUCCUGGACUUGUUUCUCUGUAUCAUGGAGUAAUUAACAUUAACCUGGAGGACAAUCCUUGUGAAAAGGUCAGCUCAGGAACUUUGGGAAGGUCAUGAAACACUUGCAGCUCUGGAAGGGAGAGGCUAAUUAACAUUCCUCAAACCACAAGGUAGGAACUGACCUGCAGGUGGGGACACAUUCCACAGGGCAGACCUUGCUCACCUUCAGACAAGGGAAGUCCUCGUCACCUCAUUCCCUAAAGACCAAUAAGUUUAAAGGGUGCACUCUUCCACCAAUCAUAUUGUGCCUAGUUGCUGAUGCUCUAUUCUGCCCCUGGAAACUGUAUUAAAUCUCAAUGAAUGCGUACCAGGGGUUGCCACCUCUUGGGUCUGGGAUGACCCCAGUGCACUGGACCAUUAAAUUCCUCUUGCUUUUUGCAUCUAUCCUGGCUCCACAUGGUUCACUCAGGGGUCCCUGAUAAGCUAAGGCUCCCUGGAGUCCUACACUUGGAAGGACAGAGUUCUUCAUUGCUAGUACUGGUUCCAGAAAAUAUAUACAUUAUUAGACAAACAAGCCUUACACCCAGAGCAGACAUUGAAACUUGUAGAGGCUCACACUGUGGUCCUAUCCCAGGGACAGGAACCAUGUCACUCUGCCCCCAUGAAGGCCGUGCUGGCUCAGCAUCUACUUGGUGCCAUUUGUUUCUUCAGUGGCAGCUAUCUGACUCAGCUCAUGGGCCAUUCAGAAUGGGACCACAAGAGAGGGCCACGAGGAUCCCAGUCAGGAACCAGCAUCACUGUGGAUAUUGCUGUGAUGGGUGAGGCCCAUGGCCUCAUUACCGACCUCCUGGCCGACCCUUCUCUGCCCCCGAAUGUGUGUACAUCCUUGAGGGCCGUAAGCAACUUGCUCAGCACCCAGCUCACCUUCCAGGCCAUCCACAAGCCCAGAGUGAACCCCACCGUGACCUUCAGUGAGAACUAUACCUGCUCGGACUCUGAGGAAGGCUUGGAGAAAGACAAGCAGGCCAUUUCCAAGCGCCUGAGAAGAAGUUUGCCUCCAGGCUUACUGAGAAGAGUCUCGUCAACUUGGACAACUACCACCUCUGCCACAGGUCUGCCCACCUUGGAGCCUGCGCCAGUGCGGAGGGACCGCAGUGCCAGCAUAAAGCCGCACGAAGCCCCUUCACCCAGUGCUGUCAAUCCUGACUCUUGGAAUGCCCCAGGGUUGACGACUCUCACCAAAAGCAGAUCCUUCACUUCAUCCUAUGCUGUCUCUGCAGCUAACCAUGUAAAAGCUAAAAAGCAAAACAGGCCAGGUGGCCUUGCUAAAAUUUCCCCCGUCCCCUCACCCUCCUCCUCGCCUCCCCAGGGAUCACCUGCCAGCAGUCCUGUCAGCAACAGUGCUUCACAACAGUUCCCAGAAUCCCCUGAAGUAACCAUCAAGCGAGGGCCUGGAUCUCACAGGGCCUUAACUUACACCCAAAGUGCCCCUGACCUGUCCCCUCAGAUCCCACCCCCGUCUGUCAUAUGUAGCAGCUGUGGCAGACCUUAUUCGCAAGGGAAUCCUGCUGAUGGACCCUCAGAGAGAAGUGGCCCAGCCAUGCUGAAACCAAACAGAACAGAUGACACUUCUCAAGUUACCUCCGAUUAUGAGACCAACAACAACAGUGACAGCAGUGACAUUCUGCAGAAUGAAGAGGAAGCUGAGUGCCAGAGAGAACCCCAGAGGAAAGCAUCGGCUUGUGGCACCUAUACUUCCCAGACCAUGAUCUUCCUGGACAAACCAAUUCUUGCUCCAGAACCCCUGGUCAUGGAUAACCUGGACUCAAUUAUGGAUCAGUUGAACACCUGGAAUUUUCCAAUUUUUGAUUUAAUGGAAAAUAUAGGAAGAAAAUGUGGCCGUAUUCUGAGCCAGGUAUCAUACAGACUGUUUGAAGACAUGGGGCUCUUUGAAGCCUUUAAAAUCCCGGUUAGGGAGUUUAUGAAUUACUUUCAUGCUUUGGAGAUCGGAUACAGGGACAUUCCUUAUCAUAACAGAAUCCAUGCCACCGAUGUUCUACACGCUGUGUGGUAUCUCACAACACAGCCGAUUCCUGGCCUCCCAAGUGUGAUUGGUGAUCACGGCUCAGCAAGCGACUCCGAUUCUGACAGUGGAUUUACACACGGACACAUGGGAUAUGUGUUUUCAAAAAUGUAUCACGUGCCAGAUGACAAAUAUGGAUGCCUGUCUGGGAAUAUUCCAGCCCUAGAGUUGAUGGCUCUGUACGUUGCUGCAGCCAUGCAUGACUACGAUCACCCAGGGAGGACAAAUGCCUUCCUGGUUGCCACUAGUGCCCCUCAGGCGGUGCUAUACAACGACCGUUCUGUUCUGGAGAACCAUCACGCCGCUGCAGCCUGGAAUCUCUUCAUGUCCCGGCCAGAGUAUAACUUCUUAGUUAACCUGGACCACGUGGAAUUCAAGCACUUCCGCUUCCUAGUCAUUGAAGCGAUUUUGGCUACUGACCUGAAGAAACACUUUGACUUUGUAGCCAAAUUUAACGCCAAGGUAAACGAUGAUGUCGGGAUAGAUUGGACCAAUGAAAACGACCGUCUCCUGGUGUGUCAGAUGUGUAUAAAGCUGGCUGACAUCAACGGGCCUGCUAAAUGCAAAGAACUCCACCUGCGGUGGACAGAGGGCAUCGCCAGCGAGUUUUAUGAGCAGGGCGAUGAAGAAGCCAGCCUCGGCUUGCCCAUAAGUCCCUUUAUGGACCGCUCUGCCCCGCAGCUGGCCAAUCUUCAGGAAUCCUUUAUCUCACACAUCGUGGGUCCUCUCUGCCACUCCUAUGACUCUGCGGGACUCAUGCCAGGAAAAUGGGUAGAUGACAGUGAUGAUUCCGGAGACACCGAUGACCCGGAAGAAGAGGAGGAAGAGGCUGAAACACCACACGAGGACGAAGCCUGUGAAAGCAGUAUAGCUCCCCGAAAGAAAAGUUUCAAAAGAAGGAGAAUCUACUGCCAAAUAACUCAGCACCUUCUGCAGAACCACAUGAUGUGGAAGAAAGUGAUUGAAGAGGAACAGUGUUUAUCAGGCACAGAGAACCAGUCCCUGGACCAGGUCCCUCUGCAGCAUCCCUCAGAGCAGAUCCAGGCUAUCAAGGAGGAAGAGGAAGAGAAGGGGAAGCCAAGAGCAGAGGAGACCCUGGCUCCACAGCCAGACCUGUGACCAUGGGUAGAGCGAGCUGUGUUUGCAGACAGAAUGACUCGUCUCAGACAUUUUCUAAGCCAGCACACUUAGACACAACACUGUAGAUUACCAGAAGAUUGGCAAAUGGCUUAAGUGUUUGGGGGAAUUCUUCACAUUUUGUGUGUUUAUUUUUACAGUGAGGGACAGCGCUGAAGACUCUAGCUCAAAGAAGCUUUUUUCACUUUGCGACACCAGCGUCUAAAGAUUGUUUUAUAAGAAAGAAAUUAUAUGUGUGUGUAUAAAUUCCCACAUAGGCUCAUGUAAGACUCGUAUUCACGCAUGCACACAUGCACACUGUGAGCUAGGAUGCCUGACUCCACAAGGUAGUAACAGUCAUAUUAAGAUAUGUAGAGGUCACUGUGACAUAGAAAGUCAUAAAGGACAAGAACUCAUGAGGAACUGUGCAGCUUAGAGAGGAAACAGGCUCCAGACUGAGCACCUUUUGUUCUCCCUGCCGAGGGGUGAGCAUUUCAGAACAUGGUUGGAAUUCUAAUGCAUACUGCCAACUGUGUGUGUUGUGUGUGUGUGAGAGAGAGAGAGAGAGAGACAGACAGACAGACAGAGGGGUUGGUCUUGUACAUGUGUGCAUGAGAAAAGGGAGAUGUUUAUGACUUUGACUUUAGUUAUUCCUAGAAUAGCUGUAGCAGGUGAUGAAGUCCAUGUGAACACACAGAGGGAAAUCCUUUCUGCAGUGUCUUUGAAUGAAUGGCAGCCCCCCUUUUAGCUUCUAAGAAGGUUCCUUAGUAGAGGGAGGGCUUAUCUGGGUCAUAUGAUUGGUACCACUGCUACCUGCCACUUGGGGGCACUCUACCACCAGCCUCACACUCAGAAGACUAAGGCUUUCUGGUCUACCCUGGCUUAAUGAAUGUAUAAGGGGUACAUGUCACUCACUCAUCUAGGAUCAAUUAGCAUGGAAGGGGAUGGUGUUCUUUACUGGUGGAUACCCAAGAGGAGCUAGAGGGGGCUCUCCAUCAGGUAAGAGUUCUAACAGGGCACUGGAAAAGUCUUGUUAAAGUAUCUAUAGCAAUGAUACCCUAUGUCUUCGCAAUUUGAUGCAAGUUAUGUUGUAAUAAAGAAGAAAGUCAACAAACUCACCGUAGGUGCUGAGACAAAGGGAUGAAGGCAAAAUGUCAACUUAGGGUUUGGAAGUUGGCCUGGGGAAAACUACUCCUUGGCAACUGUUGAAGAUUGUUAGCUCUGACCUCCCUGUUGUGGUCUUCCAUACACUGUGUGAAAGCAUAGCAUGGUUUUGCAGCCUGGUCCAUGGUCAUGCCCCUUUUUGAAAGGAAGAUGGGUGGGAUGUUAUUCUUUAAGGAUAGACUAUUGGAAGCUAUUUGUGUUAUUUUGUUUGUUUUCUACACUUGUUUAUGCUGUGAGCCAAACCUCUAUUUAAAAGUUGAUACUCACUUUCAAUAUUUUAUUGGAUAUUAUUACAUAUGUCAUGACUAGUUACCAUGAUGUAAAUAUAAAGAAGUUUUUGUUGUUGUUGUUGUUUCUGUAGAUAGAAAACUUUUUUUAAAGAAAAAAAGGGGAAAGGGAAACAUUUUAUAGUUAUAUUUUAAUCACCGUUUUUAUACAUUGUAGCUUUCUCCAAGCACAGUAGUUAGGUGCGGGUUUAUUGUGGAGUUUGAGAGCCACCAGCCAUCUGCCUACUCUAAUUUGAUUCAUGAUCUGAUACAGUUGAUUGCUGUUAAAUUAAGGCAUUGAAAAGAUAGCAUCUUUUGCUAACUCAAUUAAUUUGAAGUCUUUCCCUGUCUGAUGAAAGCCUUUCUUAAGCAAAUUGUUAGUAUUUCUCCUAAACUCUGUUGCUUGUAGAUUCUGGUCCAGUGCUGUGUUCACAGACUCCUAGUCAUAGCCUCUGAGACCUGUGCAUAAAUUUCUACCUUUUCACAUCCUUGAUUAUUUACAUUAAAAAUCCCUUUGUCUCCCAUACAUGGAUUAUGUAUCCUUCCCUUCAAAAAGCAACAUUUUCUUGUAUUUCACAGCAUUUUUUCCCCUAAUAGACAAAAAUGAAAUGAAAAAUCAAGUAUUUCAGGGUAGAUUUUUUUUUUUCUAGUUCAGAGGACAAUGCAAGGAGGAUUGGAAGGAUUCGGGCCUCACCCAGACAAUUAGAAUGUGUUUCUAUGCAUUUCUGAGAUAGUGCCAGGGCUUCGGCAGUUAGCAGAUUCUGAAUAUUUUUUCUUUUUUUAUGGUGGCCAUAUGUCUCUGUUGGUAAAUCUACUCCGAAGCAAGAAUCCUUCUUCAGUGAAGGCAAAUAAAUGUAACUCUUGCCCUGCAAUAGGAAUGAUAGACAGAGCACUUACAUUCAUCUACCCUUCACUCAGUAGCUCAUCCACGUGUUCAAGUGGACACAUGUCUGCAACAUAAAUAUGAGUCGUCAAACAAGCUAGGCAUGGAGUGAGGGGAUUGGCCUAUCCAUUGUGAGUGUUUAUAUUGGAAGUCUGAACAAAGCUGCAGAGUCUGAGUAGGAGUCAGGCUGGUUACAUCAUGAGGAUCUCAGCAAACUGCCUAGAUUUUCUUGUUUUAAAGUACACGAAGUAACAGGAUAAUGAGCAGAGCAUUAGAAUCUAUCUGUUCUAGAAUUGUGCUCAUUCAUCCAGGCAGAUUGAUUUUUUUUUCCUCAAAAAACAAGUUGUUGUUGUUCUCAACCCAAAAGGCAACAAACUGAAUGGAAGGGUGGAAACCCACCAAGUGUGUGACCUAAAGAGCCACCUAAUAAUUCUCGAAGCGUAUCAAAUGACAUCAAAAGUAUUUUCCAUGAAUGAUGUUGUCCACCUUCUUGGUGACAGCAAUAUUACUGUAUUCACCUCCAACUUCAGAGUUAACUUCCUGUGGUGCCAAUGUGUUUGAUGUGACUUACUACAGUUUUAUAUGAGCCUAUACAGGUGCCAUUUGAUAAACUCAGGUCUCCCAGUGGAGGGGUCUCUACCCACUUAGGGAAAAGAUAGUUUUAUAGAUAGCCAUAAUGUGUCAGUGGUAGGAGAAAUUGGGAACCAGCUGCUCUCUGUGGAGUAAAAGCCUAAGUGUGUUCUGCAUGUUAUCCAUGGUAUUUUCAACAUAAUAAUGGAAUGUCUUUAUGGUGACCGAAGCCAGCUGACCUUUUGAGUAGCAUUUCCUUAGUAGAGAGAACCCUUUUUCCUGUUUUACUUAACUGUAAGAAAAAAAAAAAGUACUCGUUUAUGUAAGACCUGGUUUUGUUCUCAGUAGGACAUGCACUCAGUAGUUAGUAUAUUGUCAUUUCCUGGCAUUAAGAGAAUUGCCUCCUGUUUGAAAAAGCAUCUGCCUUCCUCUAUCGUUGCACCCUGUUCUGUUUGGGUUUUACUCCAGAACAAGCAUUACACAUUGCAGUCCCAGGAAAGCUGAGGAGAAGGAAGUGAAUGAAUGCCCUGCAGACUCUUUGGUAGCUGUAGAUAUUUGCAAUUUCCCUGUGUCCUCUGGCCUUUCUUUCCCAGAGAACUUUCUUGAAGGUAAAAGCUGUGCAAAAGGCAUGAGACUCAGGCCUACUCUUUGUUUGUUAAAUGAUGGAAAAGUAUAAAUUAUUUUCUAAGUAAUAAAAAUAUGAAAAUUAUCAUUGUAAAUAAAGUCUAAAGCUUGAAAUGACUUCUUUAUAGAAGUGGAGUGUUUGUGUGGUGAACAACUCCUGGCCAAUAGGAAAAGAAGAAUCUGGAAUUUCUGUCUGUUCUGCUUGAGGACACACUCUUGGUGCCUCCUUGAGGCGGGCACCUCCAUUGAUCUUCCUUAGGGUCUUGGAAGCAUAAAGAGAGGCUUCUUAGCCUUCUCUCUAAUCCUGAAUCUCAUUGGAUGCCUCCCUUGGUUUUUGUGUCAUUAGCAAUUUAAUUGCCUUUACAAUUGUCUGAAGGCUACUGCAACAGAGUUCUAUGGCCUUCCACAGACUAAAUCAAUAUUCUACUCUUUAGGUGUGUCCCAGAUAACUAAAUGACACAAUAACCAUGUGCUUUGAAACUGAAGUCAUUUUCUUGCAUCAUCUUGCCCCCUGAACAAUGAAAUAUUACACGAUCCUUGUUCUAGGUCACUCAUUUCUUCAUGAAUUUGUAAAGGGAAAUUAUGAAUUUUCUGAUAGCAACAUGUUUAAAAAUCUAUCCAAACAUAUUAAAACUGAAGAUCGAUAAAACAGUUCACCAUUUCAAGUAGAAGAGACUUCAGAAUUAAAUUCAUCUUAGAAUGUCUAAUUAAGCUGAAAUCCAUCAAUUUGGGGUCCUGGACCCCAAAUUUAUGUCAUGUUAAUUCAUCCUCCAGUAAAUGCCCCAGUAUUCAUUGAAAAAUAAAUUAGAAGUGGAUUAAGUUGUUAGCCCUGACUAAACUAAACCAUACACUUCAGUCUAGAUGGUUUAUUGUGCUUUUGGUGAGUAUUUUUAUGCCUCCAAUGAGGGAACCAUAAUUAGAGAAUAAAAACAUACUAGUAGUAUACAUUAUACAAGGUGGAUAUCAAUAAACUAUGUUGCUACCUUAUGCUUUGCAUGGGCUAAAAUGUUCUUAUUUCCUAUACUACCUAAUACUGCUUUUUGCCUUACCUAGUAAUUGGCUUUAUGAUCAUCUAGUAAAUUAACCCUAACAACUGAUUUGAUGUUGUGACUAAGAUAUUUGACCUUCUCUGUGUGGAUACUUUAAAUAUGUCUGCAGAUGCAAAAAUGUAGUUGGUGGGACCUAAUCUGCUACUUCAAAGCAUAAUGUUGAUCCUUGAGUUUUUAACCUAGGAAAGACCAUAAGUACAUAGACUGUGUGUUUUUGUGCUGGGCUGAAGACUCUAAACUUAUCUCACAUUUCUUAGCAUCAUGUUCUGGCAUCUUAGGUGUAUGCCUCCCCCUCAAACUGGUGUGGAACACAGAGGGAAAAGCACCCUUCCUCUAAUAGAUAAAUGUUCACUGGGGCCGUGUGUAACCCAGACUCGUUGGUUUGCAUUAAGAAGCGGCUCUUUAAUCAUCAAAGCUAACAAGAAGUAAUGUUAAGUCUUGUGUGUUGUUACUGACAGAAGUAUUUCAAUUUGAUUUAAAUUCUUGAAUCACCCACCAUUCUCUUGCAUUUUGGGGGAUAGGGAUUAAAAUUAACCCCAAAAAGCACUGCUUCUUGGUAUCACAAUUACCAUAGUCUGGUAGGAUUUAAUGUUUUUCUAGUGCUCUUGAGGGGAAAAUGAUUUUUUUUUUUUUGGUUUUUCGAGACAGGGUCUCUCUGUAUAGUCCUGGCUGUCCUGGAACUCAUUUUGUAGACCAAGUUGGCCUCGAACUCAGAAAUCCACCUGCCUCUGCCUCCCGAGUGCUGGGAUUAAAGGUGUGCACCACCACCCCCCGGUGGAAAAUGAUUUAUAAGGGAAUCAGUAAGUGUACAUUUAAUAAAGUACAUGAAGAAUUUAAGUGUCCUCAGGGCAGCUCACGUAGCCUGUAACACCAGUUCCAGGGGAUCUGACACCAUCUUCUGACCUCCUUGGACACUGCAUAUGUGUGGUACACAGACAUCUCUUCAGGCAAAACACCCAUCUGCAUAAAAUAAAUUUGUACAAAAAAAUACCAAAGAAUGCAAGUGCCCAAAUUGCAAUCUAAGUUCCUCCGAGUUACCCCAGUGCACAGGGAGGCACCAUCCAGAGAUUUAUCACAAUACAUUCAAAGAUGAUACAUUGUCUAUAGCUCAGUUCCUGUGAGUUACCCUAAUCACCAGCAGGAGUUCUUCAGUUGCUUAUCAUACAUUUUAAGUGAUGCAUUGCCUACAGCUUAGUUCCUUUGAGCUACCCCAACGCACAGGGUGAUAUCAGCUAGUAGAUUACCAUCAGACAUUUAAAAAUGAUAUUUGAUCUAUUACCAUAGAUUUUUAUUUUCUGAAUUCUAAUAGAGUUAAAAACUCAAAUUCUUCCACACUAAGAAAAUGAAACAUCAUUAAUUUUGGCUUUCACAAAUAAAGGAUUGACCUUGGGUAAACCACCCCACUGUGUUCAUCUGUCAUAACAGUAGGGUAGACUAUGAAAUUCCUAUAUAGAAAAGCAACAAAAAAACUGUGUAAAGCCUUGAUACUUUAAAUUUCCAGUUAUAUCGGACAUGGUUCUUUCAACUGAAAGAAACUAUUGCAGGAAAUUCUCAAUUCUUAUGAAUAGAAAAACAAAAACAAACAAACAAACAAAAAAAACAGAGAAAAACAACAAAAGAAACUUUGGCUUAAAAAUGGAGUAUUUCUCACCAAUUUUCUUUCAGUGAUCCAAUAUUAGCAAAGACAGUGUAAUCAGAAAUGCUCUUCUGUUGGAAGAGAGGGAAGGAAGUUUUUAAUGCCAGGGUCCAAAUCUCCCCAACUCUAUUUCCACAGCGUGGUACAAAGAGAUAAAAGCAAAACUGAAGAUGACAUAAAACUCUGAUGCACACCUGUCGAGCCUUCUCACAAACCAGCUCAGUUGUUUGCUCUGGAGUGAAAUGGCCUUGUAGGUCCAUGAUACUGCCUGGACUUAAUUGAACAUAAACAGCACAUCUUCUCACUGCUGAAUGUGAAUCACUAGUGCUCUGAGCUGGUGCUGAUGAGAAGGAAUUUUCUAUGGUAAUUACAUUUCCUUUAUAUAGCAAAAUAUUCAGACACAAAUGUGAAAUCAAUAAUAACUGUUUUAAAUUGUCUUCUCUGUAUAUAACUUGUUGGUGAAAUAGGGGUCCGGUGACUUCUCUUUUAAUAUUUUUCAAUUGGUUAUUUUGCUAACUCAGAAAACCGCUAUUAUAUCAGAUAUUUCAUUUUAAUUAUUUAUAUACAUACUCAAGAGCUAUACUGUUAUUUCCAUUAAGAAAUAGUCCUAACAUAUCUAUAUAUUAUAUGCUAAAGGGGGUUCAAAUGACUUUUAAUAUAUAUUCACCAAUAACUAAUUUUAAAUCCUCUGUAAAAUAUUUGCAUGAGAUUUUUAGCAUACUAUAUUUGCUUGUUUUUCGCAUCUAUGAGUGUCAGUAUUCUGCAUAUAUUCUCACAGUAGAACGUAUACCCUAAUUUUUUUGUACCAGUAAAGCUGAUCUGUCAGCUGACAUGCACUGGAAAUAAAUAUGUCUGAAUACAUGCAUCCCUUGAACUCCUUCCUAGAGAUUUCUAUCAUGCUAACCACAAAAUGAAAAUUGGUGCUUUUAUAUGUAUUGUAAGCUCUCAAUAUAAAAUGGGGGGGGUAUUCUCUUUGUCAUUCUGUAAUGAUGUAAGGAACUUUAAUUUGACACCAUUGAGUUUGGUUUGGGUUGACAUGGUCAACUGGAUUUUUUUUUCUUUGUCCUCAUAGAAAAUGCGCUCUGAUUCCUGAUUGAACAGUUGAUUUGAUCCUUAUUGCUUCUUUGUGAAAAGGGGAAAAAAGUGCAUUGAGUGGUUCUCUAAAUAGAAAUUCUAAAUAUUCAACUCUGUGUAAUAAUAUUUAUAACCCAGAAGGGUAUGGGUUAGAUAUAAUUUGGUGUUCCUAAAAUACCCAUUAUUUUCAAAUAACUGUCAACUGAAGUGAUCGUGGUAGAGGUGUCAUUUGUAAAUGACAGUUAUUAAUAAUGAUUUUCUUACCACACUGAGCUUGAAUAUGUUCAUUAAUGAGUAUCUUUGCCAAAUUUAUCCAUUUUUAGAAACAUGAAAAUUUGGAUCUUAAGUGAUUAUUUUACAAUUUAAGACAAUUUGGUCUUGUCACUUGUAUCUUGCACUUAAUAUAUGUAGCAAUAUUUAGUAUUAUUCUAACACAAGUAUUUGUUAAGUGACAUACUUAAUGGAUGAUAAAAAUUUUGUAAAAAUAGGAUUUGUAUAGAAAGAAAAUUAGACAAGUUAUAUUUAUUUUAUUGUUUUUUUAGCUUAGAAAGUAUAUUGAUACUCCAUUUUUGCCAGAAUUACUGAAAGUGCCUCUUGGUUUAUAUAUUUACAUACAUAUUCAAAAUUACUAAAAUUGUGUCAUAGAUGAUCAAUAUGUAUGUUACAAUAUGAAGAUGGUAUGUAAUAUAAAAGUGAUUCUGUGGUA